AACAUCCAUCCACGCAUUGUUAUUUCAUUCUAUCCAUCUCACCUACAUCAUUACAACCCAUCAAAAUGGGUUCAAUCACAUCCGGCCACCCAGGAAGUGUCAACACCCGGAACAAGGCCAUCCUCAGCAUUUUCGCCGUAAUGGCCGGCAGCUGGAUGCUCUUCCGCGCUCAAUCGCCGAAUAAAGACGACGUGCUGUUGUCGAAGGCGGAUGUUGAUACUACGUUGAAGGGACGGACGACUAGGGGGAAGUCGGAAAGGUCGAUGGCGCAUCAGGAUCAAGAUUGAUCUUUUCUUUGGUGUAAUAUAGCUAUUGUUGAUGUAAAUGCAUUUUUACUAUUGCAAGAUGACAUGAUAUCCAU